CACGCCUCUCUUUUCAUUGGUCAUGCGGCGUCAGAUGAUCGAUUGGAACCGAGAGCAGUUUUUUAUUGGCUGAAGCGUUCGCGAAGGGCGACGUUUUGGACAGAGGACAGAAGUAAGAUGGCGGCGCUCAGGAGCUUGUUCUGUGGAGGGAAGAGCUCGGUGUCCUUGUUACUGCAGAGAAGCUUCCACAGGAGCAGCCCGGCCGCCUUGCAGGUGACUGUACGUGAUGCAUUAAACCAGGCUAUGGACGAAGAAAUCGAGAGGGAUGAAAGGGUGUUCCUGCUCGGGGAGGAAGUGGCGCAGUAUGACGGAGCCUAUAAGGUCAGUCGGGGUCUAUGGAAAAAGUAUGGGGACAAGAGAGUUAUGGACACUCCAAUAACUGAGAUGGGCUUUGCUGGAAUCGCUGUAGGUGCUGCCAUGGCUGGACUAAGGCCCAUCUGUGAGUUUAUGACCUUUAACUUCUCCAUGCAAGCCAUCGACCAGGUGAUCAACUCUGCUGCCAAGACCUACUACAUGUCUGCUGGGCUGGUGUCGGUCCCCAUAGUCUUCAGGGGACCCAAUGGGGCGUCAGCUGGGGUGGCCGCCCAACACUCUCAGUGCUUCGCUGCUUGGUACGGACACUGCCCGGGGCUUAAGGUGGUGAGUCCUUGGAAUGCGGAGGAUGCUAGAGGUCUCCUUAAAUCUUCCAUUCGGGAUGAUAAUCCAGUGGUGUUCCUGGAAAAUGAGUUGAUGUACGGGGUCCCUUUUGAGUUAUCCGAGCAGGCUCAGUCUAAAGACUUUGUCAUUCCAAUUGGAAAAGCAAAGAUCGAGCGGCCAGGAUCCCAGAUAACACUGGCUUCUCACUCCCGGUCUGUUGGCCAUUGUUUGGAGGCUGCCAGCGUGUUGGCAAAGGAAGGAAUUGAUUGUGAGGUAAUCAACUUGCGUACGAUUCGGCCGAUGGACAUUGAAAGCAUUGAGGCGAGCGUUGUGAAAACAAGUCAUCUGGUGACUGUAGAAGGAGGGUGGCCACAGUUUGGUGUAGGUGCUGAAAUCUGUGCCAGGAUCAUGGAAGGACCAGCAUUCAACUACCUCGAUGCCCCAGUAGUCCGUGUGACCGGCGCUGAUGUUCCGAUGCCUUAUGCCAAGAUCCUGGAAGAGAACUGCACCCCUCAAGUAAAGGAUAUUAUAUUUGCAGUAAAGAAGACUCUAAAUCUCCUGUAGAUCGAUCAGUCAGGUGACAGGUUUAGAAGAGGGUCAUUUACAUUUACAUAUUACAGUUCGUUAUCUUAUGAACAAAGUGGAUUCUGGUUCCUGAAGACUGAACUUUCCUAUGAGUGCAACAUUUGUACUUAUAUUCCUUCUGAUCCUUUCCCUGGUCAGGAUCCCUGCAGCGUCUCUGUUACACUCCUCCUCCCUAUCCUCUGUAUCCUUGAUGGAGAAACCAGUUACAAGGAGGGACGUUUCAUCUCUGAAUUCUCAUUCAUUCCUGAACCCAAAAUUUUUUCAUUCAGCAGCUCUUUACUUUUCAACUUCAGUAGUGAUCUGGCUGCUAUGGUACAAAAUGCCCUAGCAACCAGUCAGUGGUUUGAUAGAGAGGCCAUAAAAUAACAGCUUUACAGUGUAAUAGUCUUUUGGCUGCUGGGCCAGUGACCCCCCCCCCAUUUGAAAGCUGUUAUGGGAGGCAAUGUAUAAACUAUUAAAGGACCAGAUUCUAAAACAUUCUAUAAACAUCUAAACAUUCUAUAAUACUAAAACUUAAUUUAAAGGUGAACUAACCCUUUUUUUCCAUUGCUGUGUUUUACCGUGUCCAUCAUUUCUUCGUCACUGGAGGGAAUAAAUCGUUUUAUCCA